AUAGAUUUUAUUGAAAAAUGAAAUCUACUCGGUUUCCCCCUGCUUUUUCCUUCGUCCGGAAAACGAGUUUGCAGUUUGGCGCUCUAAUUCUAUCGCCGCUCUCAUUCAUUUCUUCAGGUUCUCCUGUCAAAUUUCUCUUGCUUUAUUAAAAGAAAUUUAGAUUCCAUUGACGAGUUAAAUGAGUUAUAAUUUUCAGUAAUUCGAUUUCUCUGAGCUUUUCCAUUGUAUGUUUAAGCGUAAUCGUAGAAAGAUAAUUGGAUCUGGCAUGGUUUCAGCGAUAUACAGAUGGUGAUGCAAUACUGUGCUUUUAGUAACCGACAAUUUUCAAAGGUUUCUUUUAUGGCCUCUACUCCUAAGCUGAUACCGAAAUUUGUUCUACUUGGUUAUUUUGAUUGUGGCUUCCACAGUCUUGCAAUCGUGUCUCCACUGCCCGGCCUAAGGUUUUAUUCCAAGGCCUGUGCCAACCUUAAGAGGCCAUCUAAUGACAAUACAACCGUGCAUCCACCAUUACCGAGGAGGACUUACCAAGUUGUGGUGGCUGCAACACGUGAUAUGGGCAUUGGAAAGGAUGGGAAGUUACCCUGGAGAUUGCCUUCUGACCUCAAAUUCUUCAAGGAGCUUACGGUGACUACAUCAGAUCCUGGGAAGAAAAACGCUAUAGUUAUGGGUAGGAAGACAUGGGAAAGCAUUCCCCUUCAGUAUCGGCCUCUACCUGGUCGAUUGAAUGUUGUGCUGACUCGUUCUGGGAGAUUCGAUACUGCAUCUGCUGAAGAUGUUGUAAAAUGUGGAAGCAUUCGUUCGGCUUUGGAAUUGUUGGCAGAAGCUCCUUAUUGUUUGUCGAUAGAGAAGGUGUUUGUUAUAGGUGGCGGCCAGAUAUUAAGGGAAGCACUAAAUGCGCCAGGGUGUGAUGCCAUCCACAUUACCGAGAUUGAGAAUAGCAUUGAAUGUGAUACCUUCAUUCCUGCUAUUGAUCUUUCUGAGUUUCAGCCACGGUAUUCAUCUCAACCAUUUGUGGAAAAUAACAUUCGGUUUUCUUUUGUUACUUAUGUUCGUGUGAGAAAUCUUGCUAAUGGAGAUCUCAUUGUAAAAAAAUUGUGAAGAACAUUGAAACAUUGAGUUUCAACUGUUAAUGAAAUGGUGUGUUUCAUUCAAAAUACUAAAAGUUGAAAAAUAAAGGGAGUAUUUUUGUUUAGUGAAAAGAACUUUUAAUGUUAAAUUGCUUUUUUUAAUUCUUUCAAAGGAAAAUUAUAUUAGUUGGUGAAGAGAAAAAGUUUCAUUAGUCAACAGCAAAGAAUAACAUUGCCCCUCCCAGCUUUUACAAGAGCAUAUAUAGCUUUCAGAGGAAGCUCCUCAGUAUAAGCCCCUCAUUGCUAGAGGUGCUAAACAUCCACUUUAAUUGUUGGGAAAACAGUCAUACCACUGAGAGUUUCUUCCAAGGUUAAUUGCGCUUUGUGUAUGGUAUUUGUUUUAACAGAACUAAAAUAUGGUAAGCUAUUGUACUGGAAAAAGCACUUGAAAUGAAAUUAUAGUUUAUCCCGAUGUGAUGGGCUAUUGAAUUUAAAUUUUUCCUUUAUGCUGCUAUCAUAUUGCAGAACAGAGAAUUUCUCUUCUUUCCCUUUCUUUAACUUGUGCAAUUUGUGCUGCAGAUUUUGAGGAUUAAUACAGAGAAGGACACAGUUUCAUUUGUGGCAUCUGAUUUUGAACUAAUUGGUUAUUAUCCUCACAAGAUAGAGAUGAAUAUGGCUGCCUAGAGUUUUCAAAAUAUAGGGGAAAAACGCAUAUUAGCUAUUAAUAUAUUUCAUCUGCAUCUUUCUUCUUUUUCUAGCUGAUCUUUUAUCCCUGUAUAUAUAAUAUUUAAUUUCAACUUUUACAUAACACAAGCCUGAAUGACAUUAUAGUCCCACUUCACCUUUGAAGAAGAUUUUUAUCAGGAAUCUCUGCAGGGGUUUGGUUGCGUGAUUCAGAGAAUUCGUGAGAAUAUGAUGAAACAUUCCAUAAGGAUGCUCAAUCUAAUUGACCCUAACCAGAACAAACUAACAGUUAUGGAAACUGGAAUUCCUGAAGAACUCAUGCUGAACUAUGGCCCUCUCAGCCUUUUCACUGUAUUGCUGAUGCAGCCUUUAUUUGCAGGAAACUGAUACACCUUGAAGAGCAACUUCUGCAUUUGCGCUUCAUAUUAGCUCAACAGUAACUUCAGUUGGUGUUGCCUGGUUUUGCAGGAAACAAAUUAAGCCCUUGAAGAGCAACUUCAGCAUCUGCACCUUUCAUUAGCUCACCAGUAACUUCAGCUGGUGUUGCCUUCCUCUCUUCAAUGAUUUCAAACAGCUUAAAUUUUGUGUGUUGAUGAUGAUAGAGUGGAGCACGCAAGUAGAGGUUGGCAGCAGAGAUUGGAUGUUUGUUGAGAAAGAAACUAAUUGGGAAUUGUUGCUAUGUAAGGUUCUAGUCUGGUUUUCGUUUGAAGAGCAGUGGAUGCGGUUCAAGCUGAGGACCAAGAAGAGAUGGGGUCGAGUUCAGGUUAGUCAGUUUGAAACUGAGUUCGGUUUAUUCUAAUAGUAAACUGUAACACAAGAAGAAGACGAAUCUUUGAUGAGAUGAGUUUCAAUUUGAUGAUACAACAAAACAUCAAUUUCAAAUCAAACUCAAGCAUA